GUACAAAAAAAGUACAAAUAUGCAAAAUAUUUGACAAAAAGGACAUAAAUUCAUACUCCGUAUUAUUUUCCGGGUUUUCCUCCCACUACUAUUUUCUCAAGUCAAGUCUCAUCAACUACAGAAACAAAACAAUGGCUUCUCAUUUUUCUGUUGAUGAGACAAAGCAAUGCUUCACCGCUGCUGCAUUUGCAGGAAAUCUCCGAUACCUCAAGAUUUUGAGAAAGAAACUUGAUGAUGGAACUGGAAUUGGAAAAGAUUUGGAGGAAAUUUGUGAUGACUCUUUUGGUAGAAAUGCCCUUCAUGCCGCGGCGUCGAGGGGAAAGCUUGAUGUGUGCAAGUAUCUUGUUGAAGAACUUCAAUUCGAUGUCAAUAAACAAGAUGCAAAUGGAGAUACACCAUUACAUAUUUCUACUUUGGAGGAGGAUUAUGAAACUUCUGCUUAUCUCCUUGAUCAUGGAGCAGACUCUAAUAUAGCUAUGGAUAAGGGAUUCACCCCAUUACAUUACGCUGCACAAAAAGGACGAGCAAAUCUGUUGCGUUUGUUGAUCUCAAAAGGUGCAAAAGUGGAUGCACAAUCUCCUUUAGGAACACCACUGCAGGCUGCUGCUGUUCAUGGCAUGACCGAUGCUGUCAUGUUUUUGCUUGAUAACAAUGCUAAUCCUAAUCUGGUUUGUCCUAAUACGUUACCACCACUGAUGUCUGCCAUUUACGCAAAGUCCAAACUUUGCGUAAAGUCAUUGAUUGAGUGGGGAGCUGAUCCAAAUGUCAUUUCGCGUGGAUUGACUCCCUUGAUCGUGGCUGCCUCCGAAGGACAAACUGACAUAAUCAAAUGCUUACUUCUUCUAGGGGCUGACCCGGAUAUUCCCAACUUUUAUGAUCUUACACCAAUACAAAUUGCUGCACAACUCCGCAAUCAUGCUGAUGUUAUGGCUCUCUUACCUGUGACUACACCCAUCCCGAGUAUUCCCGACUGGAGCGUGCGUGGCAUAAUCGAGUACGUCAAUUCUGCUGAAGCCAAAAAAGAGGGAAAACUCAAACAUGAAAAGAAGUUUCUAGAAGCCAAAGCGAAGGGAGCAGAAGCUGUUAAAAGGGAACAUUUUCUGGAUGCAGCGUACUGGUAUAGCGAGGCAAUAAGUUUGAGGCCAACAGAUGCAGCAGUGUUAUCGAACAGGAGUUUUUGCUGGGCCCGUUUGAAGGAAGGGGAUCGGUCCCUUCAUGAUGCUUUGGCCUGCAUCGAGCUGAGGAAUGAUUGGCCCAAGGCACAUUACCGGGCUGGGGUGGCCUGGGGUCUUUUGCGGGAUUAUGAAAGUGCAAAAAAGGAAUUUGAGAUUGCUCUCAAGCUAGAUCCCGAGAACACGGAUCUCCUUGAUUCAUAUAGGGAGGCCGUAUUGGAUGUCCACGCGGUAGAAAUGUACAAGAAGAAACAAGAGCUCCCAUCUCGGUAUGACGAGGAUCCACAGGACGAACUUUAUGAAGAAUAUAUUAACUCCAUCCUUUAAUUAGUUUUGGUAAAAGAAAAGUUUUCAUGUAAUGAAAACGAACUUUAGCAAUCGAUGUGGGUGUAAAAUUUUAGAAAACUUGAUCUUUUGAUAGUCUCUUGUAGUUGUAGGUUUAAUUAGUUUUGGUAAAAAAAUGUGUUUUCAUGUAAUGAAAACGAACUUUAGCAAUCGAUGUGGGUGUAAAAUUUUAAAAAACUCGAUCUUUUGGUAGUGAAUAUGUGCCUCUUGUAGUUGUAA